GCAGCACAGCCCAGGAUGCCGCGUCCCGCCACAGUGACCUGGAGCCCGUGUCUGUGGCUGCUGCUGCUGUCUGCGGCUGCGGCGUGGCCGUCCGAGACCCGGCAGCGGACCGGCGGCCACGAGCGCAUCGUCGGCGGCCACGAGGCCAGCAUCGCCGACCUCCCCUGGCAGCUGGCCUUCGAGCUCGGCGGCGACCAGUCAUGUGGCGCGUCGCUCAUCGGCCCCUCCUGGGCGCUGACCGCCGGCCACUGCGUCGAGGACAUCGGACUAGUCUACAUGGCGCUGCGGGCGGGCUCCUCCGUCCGUGGCAGCGGCGGCACGGUGAUAGAGGCGGCAGCCGCCUUCCUGCACCAGCAGUACGAUAGCCGCACCGCCGACUACGACAUCGCAGUCGUACAGGUGAACGGAUCCUUCACGCUGGGUCCCAAUGUACAGCUAGUGGGACUUCCAGCUGAGGGCUACGACCCUCCGAGUGGGCUGCCUGUGACGGUCAGUGGCUGGGGUUACCAGCACAGCGGCAACGGCCCGUCCAGUACACUGCAGGCGGUAGACAUCAACGUCGUGGACCGUGAGACAUGCCGCAAAGUGUUCGUCGCAGUGAAUUCCGUGACGGAACGCAUGAUCUGCUCUGGGGAGUUCACCCGUGGAGUAUGCUUCGGUGACUCGGGUGGCCCACUGGUCAACAAUGGUACGCAGGUGGGCAUCGUCUCGUGGGGGCACACCUACUGCGAAGUCGGCCUCUCCGUCCAGACCAAUGUCGGCUAUCUGAGGGCCUGGAUCCGAGACACCGCCGGCAUCUAGACUUCACCCGCUCUCCUCAGUGGAUACAAUGGUUUAAGUCAACAGCAGAUACUAUCAUCCACGCGUUCUUGUUAAAUAAACAUACGUAUUUUAUCGAA